AUGUCGGAUAAGGAAUUUCUGGAAAGCGGAGAGCAAGAAGGCAUAUGUCCUAGUUAUUUCUGGUACUUGAUAGGUAGUUUCGGUAUCACGGCGAUCAUUGUUGUGUUUCUGAUUGCUUAUUUGAUCAUGUAUUCCAAUCAUUUCAUAUGGGCUUUGCGACGAAAUCCAAAACCGACCAUAAAGAGGAAAAACAAAAAUAAAACAAGCAAAGGCUCAAGCGACAAAGGUGAAUCAACUGCGGAGGGAGUUUAA